CUUUUUAAAUCCAUUCUUUUGAUGGAUUUUUCUUCCAGGCAUACGAAAAGCGUUAACAACUUCCUUAAAUCAUCUCUUUUUAUACCAGUGAAGUUAUGGCUCUCGGAACCCCAUCCUAAUGGGGAGCCCAACCCUCUGGGAAACCUGUCCGAUGAGUUCACACGCGAUGAAGCCCUUUGGAAAUGGCGCACUGGCAUGGAAAAGAGCUAUAAAAACACUUCCUAUUUGCACAGCACCACCCUUCUUUACAGCCCGUCACUCCAAGAUAUUGACUGCUUACCCGAUGUUGGAGACUUCCUUGACACCUGCAAUAAGACAGUACCGGUCUACAUAACAAUAGAUACUGUUAAGUGCAGGCUACUGUUGACAGUACUCCAUAAUUACAUAUAUCGUUGAUGGUUUCGUCCAUAUCGGAGCGAGAUCGAACGACGUCGCUUCAUCUGCAAAUUCAUCGGUCCAAGAGAUCUCCCGGCCGAAUCCUUAUCAUCCCACUCAACUAUCGACACUGUUGUUUCCAUGAACAAUGCUAUCUGUAACGAGGUUGAGGCGCGACGCCAUUCAUAUGAGAAUCUUCUUGGUUCGGGAGAAGAAGGACUGGAAUGGCGGUUAGGAUUGAGCGCUGUCAAAGCACAUAAGUUUCAUAUCCUUCAGCCUCUAUUCCGAGCGCUACUUCUUAUUGUUUCUCGGGAGAACUAUAACAACGAGCGCUCGAAGGACAUCGGCCGCAUUCCCGUCUUAUUAGUUCGCACGGGCAUAUAGGGCGGGUUAAGUGCACCUAUCAAGUUUGAAGCCCUAGCAGGCAAGAUCAAUGGUUACAAAGGAAAGACUAGAAACGUUAUAGAGGUAACACUUGAAGUAGCAAUCGAUUUUAUAAUGGACUUGGAGGCCAGGGAGGCAACGGCAUUUGGUCUCCAACCAGACCCGGUAACGGCUUGGAAAACGGACGGACUAGCAGAAAAUAUCCGCAUCAUCUUGGGACAAGAUGAGCCACUAAAUGGACCAAGUUCCAGGUUUGUAAAUACCGAUAAAUACCCAUGAAUGUCCAACUGUAGCAAAAAUAAAGGAGCGGGAAUUCGAUAGGGCCAAUCGUAUCAAUGGUGUGGGUGUACCUUGGGAAGAGUAUUGCAUUAAAGAAAUU